AUGAGCGUCCCCGAAGCACCCCAGCCUGUCCCGCGGGACAUCGAGAUCUACAAUGACACGACAGACACCGAGAAGCAGUUCCAGAAAGGUUCUGUUCCUGAAGAUGAUCCGUUUGGGAAUGAAGAGACCGGAGAGGUCAAGUAUCGAGUUAUGAAGUGGUGGCAAGCUGGAAUGCUUAUGGUCGCUGAAAACAUCUCGCUUGGUAUUCUGUCUCUUCCAUCCGCUGUUGCAGUCCUUGGAAUUGUCCCAUCGUUCCUUAUUCUCCUCGGUCUUUCCGGUAUCUCAUGGUACACGGGCUAUAUCAUGGGCCAGUUCAAGCUGCGCUUCCCCCAGGUGCACAGUAUGGGUGAUGCCGGCCAGCUUCUUAUGGGUCCGUUCGGCCGCGAGCUGUUCUACUUCGGCCAGAUCCUGUUCAUCAUCUUCCUGAUGGCCAGUCACAUCCUCACCUUCUCCGUGCUUUUCAACACCAUCACCAACCACGGAACCUGCACGAUCGUCUUCGGAGUAGUCGGCCUGGUGGUGUGCUGCAUUUGCGCCCUUCCGCGUAAAUCCGGAAAGGUGUUCUACAUGUCCGUCGCUUCUGCUAUCAGUAUCCUCGUCGCUACUAUCGUCACCAUGAUCGCCAUUGGAGUCGAGGCCCCAGACGAUGUCCAAAACGACAUCACCACCUCCCCCUCCUUUGCCGACGCCUUCUUGGCCGUUACCAACAUCGUCUUUGCCUACAUCGCCCACGUGUCCUUCUUCGGAAUCAUGUCUGAAAUGGAGGAUGUGCGCGAAUUCCCAAAGGCCCUGGCUAUGCUCCAGGUUGUCGAUACCAUCAUGUACAUCGUUACAGCUAUGGUGAUCUACUGCUAUGCAGGCCCUGACGUGGCCUCUCCGGCUCUGUCAUCGGCUGGUCCGCUGAUGAAGAAGGUCGCCUACGGCCUCGCCAUUCCAACCGUCGUCGUCGCCGGUGUAGUCUUCGGCCACGUUGCCUGCAAAUACAUCUACGUCCGGAUCUUCCGCGGCGAGCGCUCGCACCACAUGCACCAAAACAGCGUGCUCGCCCUGGGCACCUGGGUGGCCAUCGCUCUAACGACCUGGACAAUCGCGUGGAUCAUUGCCGAGUCGAUCCCCGUAUUCAACGACCUCCUCAGUCUGAUCAGCGCCCUGUUCGGCAGCUGGUUCAGCUACGGACUGCCCGCGAUCUUCUGGAUCGUCAUGAACAAGGGCCAGUGGUUUGCCAACUGGAAGAAGACCGCCCUGUUCGUCACUAACCUGGUUAUCCUGGGCAUUGCCUGUGCUAUUUGUGGGCUGGGCUUGUAUGUCUCGGGCAAGUCGAUCAAUGAGAGCUCGUCUUCUUCUACUUGGACUUGUGCCAACAAUGCCACUUAG